CAUUUUCCAGACUGAAGUUCCAUCCUGUGUACGCUGUGGAAUCCUUUAAUUUUACCACUCCUAAAUUGUUGAUAACAGUUCAUUAAGUUUGUUCAUUUAUACAAAUAAUUCGUGUACAAUAUUGCGCAGUAAGUUGUUAGUGCGCUAUUGUAUGUGAGUAGCGAUUUUUUCAUGUUUGAUCAAAAAUAGAAGCAGACAAAACUACGCCUCAGAAAAACGAGUAGCACCAUGUCCAAGGACAUCCGAUCAUUUUUCUCGGUGGGAUCGAAAGCGAAAAAACCGAACCCACCGAAGGAACCGUCUUCCGCCUCGAGCAAGCGGAAGGUCAUCAUCGACAGCGACGACGAGCCGGAUGAUCGCAGGAAAGCCGUUUCCACGCCGGAAAAACCCAGUUCCAUCGCUUCGCAACACAAGAAACGUCGCGUAAUCGAUUCCGACGAUGAAGACGAAAAGAGUCCGAUCAAGGAGAAGACCAGCAGUUCCAAGUCUUCGUCGUCGUCUUCUGUGAAACCGAAUUUGUCGAAACUGAAAGCGGUGAGUGCGGCGGACGUUUUCAGCUCGGCACCGAUUAAGAGGAAGGAGGUCCCAAAGCCUAGCAAGAAGGCGAUUAAGGAAGAGAUUGAAAUCCACUCGGACGAGGAGUUUGAAAAGACUUUGCUGGGGUUGGAUGAGGUUAUUCCUGACACAUCUCCUCCAGCGAAGAAGAAGGAGAAGGUGAAAGAUAGUCCGAUGAAGAAGGAGAAGGAUAGUCCCGCUAAAAAGAAGGAAGUCAACGGACACGGACAUGGGGAAGACAAAAAGAAAGAGCUCGAGAAGAAGAAAACCCCAACACCGGAGAAACCGGCUAUCGUGAAGAAGGAAAUUACCAGCGAUGGAGGAACACCGAAGAGCUCCAAGAAGAAUCCGAAUGAAUCGAUUCCAAAGGAGAAGAGCAAGGAGAAACCGGCUAUCGUGAAGAAGGAAAGUACCAGCGACGGAGGGACACCGAAGAGCUCCAAGAAGGAUCCUAAUGAAUCGAUCCUAACGGAUGAGGAGCGUCACGAACGCAAACGGAUGUCCGCUAUGCUGUAUCAGAAGUUCAAGAAUCGCCAGGGUCCGACAAAUCCGGGCAGUAAAGAGAUUCCCAAGGGGAAACCGAAUUGUUUGGCAGGGCUGCAGUUCGUGGUGACCGGAGUGCUGGAAUCGAUGGAAAGAGACGAAUGUGCCCAGAUUAUUAAGGAUUUCGGUGGAAAGGUGGUUGCUUCGGUUUCGAAAAAGCUCACGCAUAUGGUUGUCGGCGAUGACGCUGGACCUUCAAAGUUGGCAAAGGCUGAUGAGCUUGGAAUUCCACAGAUCUCCGAAGACGUUCUGCUAGAUUUGAUCCGCGAACGGUCGGGGUUGCCGAAGAAGGGCAGCACUUCAGUUGGUUCGAGUUCUGCUUCAUCGGAAAAGAGCAAACCGAAAGAGGACAAAUCACCUUCCAACGAAUCCAAAGAGAAAAAGCGCAAGAAGGUGGACGAACCGGAGCCCAAGAAGAAGAAGACUCCCGAGAAGAAGCAUUCAGAAUUUAGCGCUCCAAUAGCGAAGCUUCCGAAAAUUCCAAAGAUCGAGAAGGUUUCCUCGGAAAAGAAGUCCCCAAAGAAGUCACUCACUUGGGAACCAAUGGCUCCGAUCGUACGGGAAGUAACCAGUUACCAAAACGACAUCAACAGCACUGAAAACAUGGCCUGGGUCGACAAGUAUAAGCCUACCUCGGUCAAGCAGAUCAUCGGCCAAACUGGUCCAGCCAGCAACGUUCAAAAAUUGCUCAACUGGCUGUCCAAAUGGCACUCGAACCGCGGAAAAAACAUCCCUCGACCAAAUCCCUGGGCCAAGAACGAUGAAGGCGCGUACUACAAGGCGGUUCUGCUUUCCGGAUCUCCUGGAGUGGGCAAAACCACCACCGCCACGCUGGUGUGCAAGGAGCUAGGAUUCGAUGCGGUCGAGUUCAAUGCUUCCGACACCAGAAGCAAGAGGCUUCUCAAGGAGGAAGUGGCCGAGCUGCUGAACAAUAAGUCCCUGUUUGGGUACUUUACCGAGGGCGGAAAGGGCGACAAGGUUACCAAGAAACACGUCCUGGUGAUGGACGAGGUCGACGGCAUGGCCGGCAAUGAGGACCGCGGCGGAAUCCAGGAGCUGAUCGCCCUCAUCAAGGACAGUCACGUGCCGAUCAUUUGCAUGUGCAACGAUCGGAACCACCAGAAGAUGCGAUCGCUGGUGAACUACUGCUACGAUCUGAGAUUCAAUAAGCCCAGGGUGGAGCAGAUUAAGGGCGCCAUGAUGUCCGUGUGCUUCAAGGAGGGUCUCAAGCUCGCGCCGGGGGCCCUGGAGGAGAUAAUUUCCGGCACCGGAGGCGACGUUCGUCAAACGUUGAACCACCUGGCUUUGUACAGUGCUGGCAAGGCUGCCGGUAGCCUUAGUGUGGAAAAAGCCAAAAAAGAAGCGGAAACUGCUCACAAGGACGUCAAGAUGGGCCCGUGGGACGUCGUCCGGAAGGUGUUCUCCGCCGAGGAACACAAGAACAUGUCCAUUCACGACAAAUCGGAUCUGUUCUUCCACGAUUACAGCUUAGCUCCGUUGUUCGUUCAGGAGAACUAUCUAAAAGUAUCACCUCGGGUUCCGAAGCCCAAACUGAUGGACCAGGUAGCCCUUGCGGCGGAUAGCUUAAGUCGAGGCGACAUGGUCGAUCGGAGAAUUCGGUCCAAUAUGGCAUGGACCCUGCUCCCGCUGCAGGCCAUGUACAGUUCGGUUAUGCCUGGUGAGUACAUGGAAGGUUCCUUUACCGGACAGAUCAACUUCCCCGGAUGGCUGGGCAAGAACUCAAAAGCUUCCAAGCGAAAACGCCUUGCCCAAGAAAUACACGAUCACACUCGGAUCAGCACCUCCGGAUCGAGACUCUCGGUUCGAUUGGACUAUGCACCGUUCCUCGUCAAUGCGAUUGUACGUCCCCUGAAGGAAAGAGGAUCCGAAGGUGUCCAGGAAGCCCUGAACGUCAUAAAGGAGUAUCGUCUGCUCAGGGAGGAUCUGGAAUCGCUAAUCGAACUUACAACUUGGCCCAAGAAGAAGAGUCCGAUGGACGAGGUCGACGGGAAGGUGAAGGCUGCUCUCACCCGGGCCUACAACAAGGAAAUUGCACCGUAUUCGUACUCGACGGUCAAUGCUGUCAAGAAGAAGCGCGCGGAAGCUGCAGAAGACGAAGCGGCCGGCGAAUUGUACGGGGAAGGCGAAGAAGGUCAAGCUGCGGCUGUCGAUUCCGAGGAAGAGAAGGAAGACGAUAAUCUGGAGAAUAAUGCUUUCAUCAAGAUCAAGAAGAAGCCCGCGGCGAAGGGAGCCGGUCAGGGUUCUUCUGCCAGUGGUAGCAAAGCCGGUGGAUCGAAGGCGAAAGCAGCCACGUCCGGUAAGGGCAAGAAGAAGUAGGUGUUUUGUUUCGAGUUUUCGAGGUAUUCUACACGUUAACUAUGUU